AUGAGGGGUCAGAAGAGUCAGAGAACAAGACAAAGAUUUUGCCAAAUUGCCAGGCCAGACGCUUUUCUCGGUCCCACAGAAUCACGUGAAUUCUCAAGCACACCAAUAUUCUUCCUAUAUUGUUUCAUACACACCUCCUUUCUCUCACUCUCACUCUUCCUCUUCACUCUGUCAAUGGAGAGACUAGUAGAAGUGUUAGAGCAAGAGGUGCGAAUAGACUUUGCACUCAACUGCAAAUGCCGUGCUAACGUGCGCCUCAGAUCACUGUGCGCCACCACCCCCAUUGCUUUCAAGGUCCAAACCUCUUCACCCAACAAAUUCCUAGUCAACCCGCCGAGUGGACUCGUUCCUCCCUUAUCCUACGCCACAUUCCAAAUCAUUCUCAAACCCCAAACCCAAUUCCCACCCACCUUUCCUCGCUCACCAUCAGACCGUUUCCUCGUCAAAGCUUCCGAGUUCACCACAAACCCGUCCGAGUCAACUCACCCCGACUCGAUCAACUCGUGGUUUUCCUCUAGGCCCCACGGGUCAACUCAGGACCUCAAACUCAAGGUUGCCUUCGUGGGUCCCGUACUUCUCAGGCACGCUGUCGGCCGUGGUGACGUGGAAGCUGUCAGGAACUUAAUCAAGCGGCAGAAAUUUAUUCUCACCGAGUUGACACCCAGAGAAGCCGAGUCGCUGCUCCGAGUUGCUACUCAGUUGGUCAGCCCCGAUGAGAUGGUUAACUUGCUAGUUGAAGCGGGGCUGAAGAUUGAGUCACGUGUGAGAUUGGAUAACAAUGCGAGUCAUGUGAUGGAAUCGAGGUGGGCAUCGAAGGGUUUGGACGAGUUACACGUGGCGGUGGCGUUUGAUCAGACGGACGAGAUGCUGAGUUUGAUAAAGUUAAAGGAAUACAGGUCGUUGGAUUGUAGAGAUAAAGAGGGUCGUACGCCUUUGGAUUUGGCUGCGAGUAAAGGAAAUAUUGGGUGUGCGAAGCUGUUGCUAGAAUCGGGUGUGGAUACGAGCACAAAGUGUAAGGAUGGUCGCACAGCUUUGCAUAGGGCAGCGGCUAAUGGGAACCGUCGGAUGGUGGAGAUGCUGAUGGAUUUUGGUGCGGAUCCAACAAUCACCAAUGAUCGUGGACAAUCAGCAGUUGAUGUUGCUCGUGACAAGGAACAUAAAGAGGUUGUGGAGAUUCUGGAACGAGGAGAACAAGUGCUAAUGGCUGCAAGGCGGGGAGAGCUAGAGCGCCUUGAGUCACUGCUGCAGAAAGGCGCAAGCAUGAACUACUGCGACCAAUACGGGUUGACAGCACUCCAUGCAGCAGCUAUCAAAGGGCACAGGGAUGCAGUGCUGAUGCUUGUUAAAUUCGGGAUAGACUUGGAAUGCAAGGACAAUGAAGGCCAUGUACCAUUGCAUUUGGCUGUGGAGGGUGGUAACCUAGAGACAGUUGAGGUAUUGGUGGACAAGGGAGCUGAUGUUAAUGCCAGGACCAUAAAGGGUGUUACCCCUCUCUACUUAGCUAGAGCCAUGUGUUAUGAUGAUAUCUCUGAGUUCCUCAUAAGCAGGGGAGCCUCCUCUUGUAUUACAGCCUUUUCAUCUUCCUGAGGAUCCAUCUUUCAAUGAAUUAACCUACGUAAGCUUGUAUACCACAAGGUUUGGUUCCAUGUAAGUACCAUAGCUUUCUUCAUGUUGUUGUUAAUAUGCACCCUUUCUCCUAGAUGAGUAUCUAUGCGACCGAUUCAUUAUUCAUAUACUGGAAUACAAUUUUGUAAAAUAAAAGGUUAAAAACCAAA